AUGGCAGAGAAAGUGAGAUACUACUUAGAGCAGUCAGUUCCUGAGUUAGAGGAUCUCAAGAAAAAGGGAUUGUUCGACAAAAGCGAAAUCACGAUGAUAAUGAGAAGAAGAACAGACUUCGAGCAUAGAAUACUGGGAAGAGGUUCAAAGCCAAAAGACUUUCUCAAGUACAGUGCAUUUGAAAUGAACCUUGAAAAGUUGAGAAAGAAAAGAUACACUAGACUUUCGAAGGCAGGAGCAAUUGAUACAAAGCCCAGUAUUUCUGAUUGGGCUGGUGUAAGAAGAGUGCUUUUUAUUUUCGAUAGAGCGACGAGAAAGUUUCCAGGUAACUUAGAAUUAUGGGCUCAGUACUUGCUGUUUGCUAAAUCAAAGGGAGCAGUGAAAGUGAUCUAUAAAGUUUAUUCGAGAUUAUUGCAGUUGCAACCUAGGAACGUAGAUGCAUGGUUGUCUGCUGCCAACUACGAAUUUGAAACUAAUUCAAAUGCUAAAGGGGCAAGGUCCUUGUUUCAAAGAGGUUUGCGUUUUAAUUCUGAUUCCGAUAAUUUGUGGAUUUCUUAUGCGCAAUUUGAACUAGUAUAUGUAUCAAAGCUUUUAGCCAGAAGAAGAGUUCUUGGCCUAAUUACUGACAAACAACAACAGGAUGAUGGUAAAGAGGAAGAAAGUCAAAAACCAACCGAUAAUACGACGAUUGAUGACAACGAGUUGAAUAAUGACAAAAUCGAAGUCCCUGAGACUGAUGACUUCAAUGAAAAAUUAAAGCAUUUACCUGAAGCAGACAUGAACAUGUUGGGUAAUCCAGAUACGAAUCCCGCUUUAAGAGGUGAUAUCGCUUUAACAAUAUUUGAUGUCUGUAUCUCAUCAAUAUUUUCGAAACCUUUUGAAGACAAAGCUCAACAUGAUAAGAAAUACUUCCACUUAGUCAAUAGGUUUUUGACUUUGUUUGAUCGUUUUGACUCUUUAGACAGAGAUCAUUUAUACUUACAUGUUUUGAGACACUUACAGGAAGUUUAUCCUAAUGACUCGAGGACCUUAGUGAUUGAUAUUACAUUACCCAUUAGGAGUGUUACUAUUUCAAGUUCCAAUUUGUCAGAAAAUUUGCAUUUAUCAGUCAACAAAUUCAUGGCCUACAAAGCAAAGUCGAUCGGAGAUAGUAAAGAUGUAUUAACAAAAUUGUUUGUUGACUAUGUGACAGAAAAAUUUCUUAAUGAGGCACCAAAUAACGAAAAGAUCGAAAUGUUGUUGAAAAAUAUUAUCCAAAAGUGUCGUAGCCUUUAG